AGCUGGCCCGGGUGGAUGGAGUUGGAGGGGCGGGGUGCUGGCGGUGUGGCGGGAGGGCCGACGGCUGGGCCGGGGCGGAGCCCCGGGGAGUCGGCGCUGCUGGACGGGUGGCUGCAGCGGGGCGUGGGCCGGGGGGCCGGCGGCGGGGAGUCCGGGGCCUGCAGGCCCCCGGUGCGGCAAGAUCCGGACUCCGGCCCGGACUACGAAGCGCUGCCGGCGGGAGCCACUGUCACCACGCACAUGGUGGCGGGCGCCGUGGCUGGGAUCCUGGAGCACUGCGUGAUGUAUCCCAUCGACUGCGUCAAGACCCGGAUGCAGAGCCUCCAGCCUGACCCGGCAGCUCGGUACCGCAACGUGCUGGAGGCCCUCUGGAGGAUUAUACGAACCGAGGGCCUGUGGAGGCCCAUGCGGGGGCUGAACGUCACCGCCACGGGGGCUGGGCCGGCCCAUGCCCUCUAUUUUGCCUGCUACGAAAAGUUAAAAAAGACACUGAGUGAUAGAAUCCAUCCUGGGGGCAACAGCCAUGUUGCCAAUGGUGCAGCCGGCUGUGUGGCCACGUUGCUCCAUGAUGCAGCCAUGAAUCCAGCAGAAGUGGUCAAGCAGAGGAUGCAAAUGUACAACUCCCCCUACCAUCGGGUGAAGGACUGUGUGCGGGCCGUGUGGCAGAACGAAGGGGCCGGCGCCUUUUACCGCAGCUACACCACGCAGCUGACCAUGAACGUGCCCUUCCAAGCCAUCCACUUCAUGACUUACGAGUUCCUGCAGGAGCACUUUAACCCCCAGAGACGGUACAACCCCAGCUCCCACGUGCUCUCGGGAGCCUGCGCCGGCGCCGUGGCCGCCGCCGCCACCACCCCGCUGGACGUUUGCAAAACCUUGCUCAACACGCAGGAAUCCCUGGCGUGGAACUCCAACAUCACAGGCAUGGCGAGUGCCUUCAGGACGGUGUACCAAGUGGGCGGGCUCACCGCCUACUUCCGAGGGGUUCAGGCGAGAGUCAUUUACCAGAUCCCCUCCACGGCCAUCGCGUGGUCCGUGUAUGAGUUCUUCAAGUACAUCAUCACCAAACGGCAGGAAGAGUGGAGAGCCGGCAAGUGAGGGGGUGCCGAUGAAGCCAGGGGGGCUCGGACACCAGGCUGCAGCCCGCUCACUCCAGCCACCUGCUCUGUCUCCCGGCAUGCUCCAUCCUCAAGUGGAGCUGGAAGGAAGGUGGGGGGCUCCCACCACCACCACCCCGGGCCGCUGGCGCUUUGGCGAGCGCCAGUUCCUGCCGACCUUUCCUUCCAGGCCCCAUGAAGGCACCUUCGACCACCCCUCCAUCCCGGGCCUGGUGAUCUGCUUUAGACUGUUCGAGAGGAAUAAGCAGCUCAUUCCCCUGGUUCCUAAUAAAAAAGCCUUUACA